AUGACUACUGAAAACUUUCGUUUUUACAUAAAAGUGCGUACUGCACUUCGUAUUCCAGCAAGAGUUAUCUAUGAUGAAUUGAAUUCUGUUUAUGGCGAUGAAGCUCCUGGUCUAAGCACAAUCGAACGAUGGUCAAAAUUGUUUCGUGAUGGUCGAGAGGAAGUUGAAGAUAAACCGCGACCUGGUAGACCUAUUUCUGAAACAACAACUGAAAAUAUCGAACAGGUUCGUCUUCUCAUCGAUGAUGAUCCUUACAUUACAAUCGAAGCAACAACAACAACAACAUCAUCAUCAUCAAUAACAACAUUAUUAGAUAAUACCAACAACGAUAAGAAGAUUGAUAAGUCAUCAAUUCAUCAACAUGAAAAAGAAACAGGACAUCGAAUGAACUGGAGUAAUUUUCAAAUAGUAUGGCAAGACAAUCAUUAUUAUCGUCUGUUGAUUAAAGAAUUACUGCUGAUCAAGGCUUAUGAACCUGAACUUAACAAAACAACACACUCGGUACCAUUACUUGUCUUUCCUGAUGGUUUACCAAAAGUUCAGCUACCUGACCUGGAUCAUUAG